AUGACGAUGGGCGCGUUCGCGCGCGCGCGGGCGCAGACGGCGACGACGUCGUGCGUCGAACCGGGGGAGAGGGCCAUCUUCGUGAGCUACUCGGAGAACGCCCCGGACGCGGUGUUUAAAACCGUGGACGGGGACGCGUGCUUGGCGGGCGGCGGGCGCGGCGUCGGAUGUUGCCCGGGAUCGGUGUGUCCGAGGGAGAAUUGUGAGCCGGAGGAGAACGAGGUGGAGGUGAAGGAGGGCGUGAACGUGACGCAGAAGUUUUACACGUGUCGGUGCGAGCGGUGCGCGCGUGGGACGGCGCAGCCGCUCGCGGCGCGGAGCGCGUGCGUGGAUUGUCCGGCGGGAUGGUACAACGACGUCGAGGGCGCGGCGACGUGUAAACCGUGUCCGAUAGGGACGUAUUCGAAUAGGGUGAAGAACGCCGAGGGGUGCGCGCCGUGUGGAGAGGGGACGAGCGGGACGAGCUCGUUGGAGGAGUAUUACGCGGCGACGACAAAGUCGCUGAGAGCGCCGCCGGCGGGCGAACCGGGGUCGACGUUUGAUUCCACGCUCGCGGCGACGUCGUGCACGGCGUGUCCGGCCGGAACGUACGGCGGGGGCGCGGGUUCGGGGUGCACGCCGUGCGCGCCGGGAUCGUAUUCUCUCGGGAGCGCGACGUCGUGCGCGCCGUGUCCGGCGAACACGUACUCCACAGAGUCCGGCGGGACAUCGCUGAGGAGUUGUCUACCCUGCGCCGCGGGCGAAGCCACGGACGGCACGGGAUCCACGUCGUGUUUCCGCGUCUGCCCGUCCACCGCGCUCACGUGCGCCGCGGAUGAAAAGAGAGCCGCCGGAUUUUACGAAGCCGCCGAAUCCGGCCGACGACCCGUCGUCUCCUCGAGCGCCGCCGACGACAUCACCGCCUACAAGCUCGAGCGAUGUCGAAAAGGAUGCGUGAAGCUCCGAGAGAGAUGUCGCUCCGGGUGCGACACCGCCGCUUUCGAUUUCUGGUGCGACUCCAAGGACACGCCGAACGAAAACGAUUGCGACAAAUUCCCGCUCGCCGUUCCGCCGCCACCACCUCCCUCGACCGCGGCCGUUCCACCGCCACCACCACCCUCGACCGCGACGUAG